AAAAGAAAAUACCAAAAAAAGUUCAGUUCGAUUUUUCCGUUUUUUUUUUCGUGCAAUAGAUAAUAAUCGGUGAGCAAGGAUGUCGGCAGCCGGACCGGAAAUGGUGACUGGCACCCUGGCCACGGCCUCGGCCACUGGCGCCUUCUCGGCGACCAGCGUCUUCUUCACGCUCCUCGUGCCAGCCCUGGUACUCUACUACAUCUACUUCAGGGUGACCAGACGCCACAUGAUCGAGCUCGCGGACAAGAUCCCCGGACCCACUGGAUUCCCCCUGAUCGGCAACGCCCUGGAACUUCUCGGCAGCUCCGACACCAUCUUCAAGAACGUCUACAAGAGAUCGUUCGAGUUCGACCAAGUCAUCAAGCUGUGGAUCGGACCGAAACUCGUCGUCUUCCUGAUCGACCCGCGCGACGUCGAGGUCAUCCUCUCCAGUCACGUGUACAUCGACAAAUCGCCCGAGUACAGAUUCUUCCAGCCGUGGCUCGGAAACGGUCUUCUCAUCUCGACCGGCCAGAAAUGGCGCGCCCAUCGCAAACUGAUCGCCCCGACCUUCCACUUGAACGUGCUGAAGAGCUUCAUCGACCUGUUCAACGCCAACUCGAACGCCGUCGUCGAGAAGCUGAGGAAGGAGGGCAAUCGCGAGUUCGACAUCCACGACUACAUGUCCGAGACCACCGUGGAGAUCCUCCUUGAGACCGCCAUGGGCGUGUCCAAGACCACCCAGGACAAGAGCGGCUUCGAGUACGCCAUGGCCGUCAUGAAGAUGUGCGACAUCCUCCACUUGCGUCACACUCGCGUCUGGCUGAGACCCGACUGGCUGUUCAACCUGACCAAGCACGGCAAGGAGCAGGUGAAACUGCUCGACAUCAUUCACGGCCUCACCAAGAAGGUCGUCGCCCGCAAGAAGGAGGACUACAAGAGCGGCAAGCGCAACUUCGUCGAGGUCUCGAAGGAGCAGGCCAAAUCCACCACGGUGGUCGAGGGCCUGAGCUUCGGCCAGUCGUCCGGCCUCAAGGACGAUCUCGACGUCGACGACAACGACGUCGGCGAGAAGAAGAGGCAGGCGUUCCUGGACCUGCUGGUCGAGGCCAGCCAGAACGGCGUGGUGCUGACCGACGAGGAGAUGAAGGAGCAGGUGGACACCAUCAUGUUCGAGGGCCACGACACCACGGCCGCCGGCUCGAGCUUCUUCCUGUCGAUGAUGGGCUGCCACCCCGACAUCCAGGAGAAGGUCAUCCAGGAGAUCGACGAGAUCUUCGGCGACAGCGACAGACCGGCCACGUUCCAGGACACCCUGGAGAUGAAGUACCUCGAGCGUUGCCUCAUGGAGACGCUGCGCAUGUACCCACCGGUACCGAUCAUCGCUCGCGAGGUCAAGACCGACCUCAAACUCGCGUCGGGAGACUACACGAUCCCCGCGGGCUGCACCGUGGUCGUCGCCACCUUCAAGCUGCAUCGCCAGCCACACAUCUACCCCAACCCGGACGUCUUCAAUCCGGACAACUUCCUGCCCGAGAAGACGGCGAAUCGCCACUACUACGCCUUCGUGCCGUUCUCCGCGGGUCCGCGCUCCUGCGUCGGCCGGAAGUACGCCAUGCUCAAGCUCAAGAUCCUCCUGUCCACCAUACUGAGGAACUACCGCGUCAAGUCCACCGUCAAGGAGGAGGACUUUAGGCUCCAGGCCGACAUCAUCCUCAAGCGCGCCGAGGGCUUCAAGGUCAAGCUCGAGCCGAGGAAGCGCGCCGGCGGCGUCAAGGCUUAAAUUAAAUUUCUAAUUGUUAAUAAUAAUAAAAAAAAAAUUACUGUUACUUUUAUCAAUUUACUUUUUUUUUUUGCAACCUAGAAGAUUAAUCGAUUGAUUGUUUUUCGAAUGUACUUGUAUUUUUUUUGUUCGUUGUCCCGAAUUCGAUGAAAAGACAGAGAGAAAGAAGAUUUGUAACGACGUGCCUUUGAAAAAUCAUUGUACACGCUCAAUAUACGCAACGACAGUUACCCAUUGCUCGGGAGUCGCAGGCGCAAUCGACAUCGCGCUUGUUAAUUAACUUUAACAUCGUGUGGUUGUAUAGAAAAAAAUCCUCUUAUUAUGUUUUCGUCGUUAUGAAGGGGUGUUGUUAGAUAAAUUUGAUCGAUGAAAUAAAAAAAAAAACUUUAUACGGCCGAA